CAUUUCCUUCUCUGAAGUCACACAAAAAAGGGGAAAAAAAUUGUAAAUUAAUAAAUAGGAAGCUACAAGAUCUUCGCUGGCGGCUCUCUUACGUUUUCGAUCAGCCACCGUCAAACCCUGCCUUUCUCUCUCUAUUCAUUCAAUCCGAGAGAUAAGCCAUUAAAAGCAAGAUGUUGGGUGUUUUAAGACGCAAAGCUGCUUGUGGCGCCUACUCCUCUGUUUCGGUUUUAGGAAAAUCACUACAUAAGAUUAGGCCUGCUACGCCGAGAGUCUGCUCUUCUCUGCCAGAAGAGAUUAUACAUCAUCCACGUGGAUUUGAUCAUGCUCGAACUUUCUUUCACCUUCUUUUGACCGGUUGCUCAACGAAUUUAAAUCCAACAAGGGGAGUUGUAGCCAAUCUUCCACGAGAUAUUAACAAGCAGUUAUGGAGCAAGUCAUUCUCUUCCAACAGUGAAGGUGAUCUUGUUCAUGCUGUCGUCCCUCACAUGGGUGAAUCUAUAACUGACGGCACACUUGCAACAUUCUUGAAGAAACCAGGUGACAGGGUAGAAGUUGAUGAGCCAAUUGCUCAGGUUGAAACUGACAAGGUCACCAUUGAUGUCAAUAGUCCUGAAGCAGGUGUAAUCCAGGAGUUUGUAGCUAAGGAGGGAGACACCGUGGAACCUGGCACUAAAAUUGCUGUCAUAUCAAAAUCUGCUGAAGGUGUAACUCAUGUUGCUCCAUCUGAUGAGAAGUCAUCUGAAAAGGCUGCUCCUCCACCACCUCCUCCUUCUGUGGAGAAGAAGGAGAAGCCGAAGCCGAAAGUGGAAACCACUUCUGUCAUAGAAAAGCCUAAAGAAACUUCUUCACCUCCUAAACUCUCUGCAACAGAACCCCAGCUGCCCCCAAAAGACCGGGAAAGAAGAGUGCCUAUGACAAGGCUCAGAAAACGAGUUGCCACCCGAUUGAAAGAUUCGCAAAAUACAUUUGCGUUGUUGACAACAUUUAAUGAAGUUGAUAUGACUAAUUUAAUGAAACUUCGUUCUGACUAUAAGGAUGCAUUUGUUGAAAAACAUGGGGUGAAGCUGGGUCUUAUGUCUGGAUUUGUGAAAGCAGCUGUUAGUGCACUCCAGAAUCAGCCUAUAGUUAACGCUGUUAUUGACAGUGACGAUAUUAUUUACAGAGACUACGUAGAUAUCAGCAUAGCUGUUGGUACCCCGAAGGGCCUUGUGGUUCCAGUUCUCCGGGAUGCUGGUAGAAUGAAUUUUGCAGAAGUUGAGAAAGAGAUUAACACCCUCGCAAAGAAGGCUACUGAUGGCACUAUAUCAAUUGAUGAGAUGGCUGGAGGUACAUUUACUAUAUCCAAUGGUGGUGUCUAUGGAAGUCUUUUGAGCACUCCCAUCAUAAAUCCCCCUCAGUCUGCAAUCCUGGGGAUGCACUCAAUAGUGAACCGUCCAAUGGUUGUUGGAGGUAACAUAGUUCCAAGACCGAUGAUGUACAUUGCAUUGACAUAUGACCAUAGGCUGAUUGAUGGAAGAGAGGCCGUCUUUUUUUUGAGAAGGAUCAAAGACGUGGUGGAAGAUCCUCGCAGGCUCCUCUUGGAUAUAUGAAAGCUUCAUCAACCAUUGUUGCAGCUUCAUAUUUGCUAAUAUAUUUGAGUUAAAUACCCUCAAGCUUCGCUGAGUCGGAGUAAAAUGCAUCAUAUUUAAAGUUUUGUGAUACUUUUUUCCUUGCAACCAAUUCAUUUUCAGUUUGCGGCUAGCUGCCUCUAGGCUUGAUAUGAGAUCCUUCGACAAUAUAUCUUGCUCAACUCAUUAUAUUUUGAGAGUUUUUUGUGUAUUGUUUCCUGCCCAUGUGCUUGAUUUGAACUGAAGGUUACCUACAUUCUUGUCAGAAUGAGACAAAAUAUUUGAAUAAUUUGAUGUUUCUGCACUGAUC